AUGGUCUUCUCUAGUUUAUGUAUAUUUUAUUACUUAAUUAUUUUUGUUAAAGCACAGCAAGGUUACUAUAAAAAUAAAGUGUUGACCGAUGCUAGUCUUGGUUAUGGAUUUACUGUAGAUUAUUUUGACACUUAUAAAGUGUUGACAAAUCUGAUGACAAAUCAGAGAUAUGCCCUUGUUUGUUGCAAUCAAUCUUUAUCGAAUUUCACAUCAGGCUAUCAUGCUGCUGUGAAUACACCCCUUACAUCUGUCAGUGUAGAUCAAGCGUUAGAUGUACUUCCAUUCUUUGAACUUUUGAAUAUAACUGAUAAAGUCAAGGCAGUCAAUCCAAUCCAGAAUGUGACUUCACCCUGUUAUGCUGGCAUAUCAGAUAGUCCUCAUACAACUGUGGAUGCUGUAUUCAGUCUCAGUCCUGGUGUGGGUCUACCUUAUAUCAGUAUGUCAUUUGAUCAUCAAGCAUUGACCCCUCUUCAGGUAAAACAAAUAAUGAAUUCAUUCUUUUUAGGCAUGACAUUGAUUCAUUCUCUAAAUCAAUCUACUACUUAUCAAAACUUGAGUUUAUUUCAUCAAGCCAUUGAGCAUGUGGAUGUCUUGAUAGAUAAUUCUGAUCCUGCUAAUUUCAAGGCCAAUUUUGCGUAUGGUGAUUGGCUUAAAGCGAUUGGAUUGACACCCAACAGUAAUACAUUUGCCUUUUUGAUAGAACAGGCUGUUUAUCGUACAGACAGACUGAUGAAUACAGAUGGAUUUUCAGACUGGCCUGUUCGUCAUGCUGCCCGUGCUGAUCUUGUACUGAGUGAUAUGAUCCAUAUGGUCUAUAAUACUUAUGAACCUAGUAUGAAUCGAACUUGGUUCCGUGCCUUUGCUCAAUUAGAAGAUACUCAAUUUAUUUCAAAUACAACCUAUCCUACUUGUACCAAUGUCAUUCAACGUCUUGAUCUAGAUAGUUGUCGUUAUCAACCUUUUCAACCCAACAAGACAUUGGAUAUCACACCCAAGAAAUCUACGAAUCCAAACAUAUCGCAUGGUCUCUCCACAGGGGGUAAAGUGUAUCUAUCUAUCGAAAAAGACAUAUACCUCAAGAAGGUACAUUUGUUAAAAUGA